AUGGCGGGAAUGGGGAAGGAGGAGAAGAAGAAGCGGAAGCUAGAGCGGGAUCCGGCGAGCAAGGGGGAGAAGAAGGCGAAGAAAGCGAAGAGGAAACAGCCUCCGGUGUCUGGCAGCGGCGAGGGGGUCAAUGUGGAGGGCUUCGACAGCGCAGAGAAGGUGAGCGAGCUCGGGAUGGAGAGGGUGACUGCGGAGCUGCAAAGACGAGGGAUGAAGUGCGGCGGCAGCCUCAUGGAUCGCGCCGAGAGACUCUUCCUGCUCAAUUCUCACAGCCUCGACGAGCUCCCGCCCAAGACGCUGGCGAAGUCCACGCGCUCGGCGCUCGCCGCGGCCGAGAAGGACAGCGGGACGCGUCCGGACAUGGUGGUCUGGCAGGGCAACUUGGUGCUCGUCAACGCGGCCCGCGAGGAAGUCUACGACGCGAAACGGACCGUCAAGGACGCCUCAGGCGCAGAGAAGCCGCUCGUGAUCGGCACGUGGGACAUCCCGACGCGCUCCGUGCGCCUGGACCCCGCGCAGGCCGGCGCCGUCUCCGCCCGCGCCGCGAAGAAGGCCCGUUUGGAGCAGCAACUGCAGGCGGCGCAGGAGCGCAGGGCGGGCACGCUCGAGUCCGUGGAGCACGCGUUCCAGGCCGACGAGGACGACCACUGCGAGACCAGCCUCGAGGCGUACUGCGACGUCGCGCCGCUGCUCGACCGGCUGGCGUCCCGCCUCGGGAGGACGCGUGCCACGCUGCGCAUCUACGACCCGUACUACUGCGCGGGCGGCGUGGAGCGGCACCUCGGCGCGCUCGGUUUCCAGGACGUGUACAACCGCAACGAAGACUUCUACGAGGUGGCGCGGCGCGGGGAGGUCCCGGAGCACGACGUGGUGGUGACGAACCCGCCGUACAGCCACGAGCACAUCUGCAAGCUGCUCAAGUGGUGCCGCAUCAACGGGCGGCCGUGGCUCCUGCUGCUCCCGAACUACGUGUACCAGAAGGACUACUACGGCGACGUGUGCCUGGGGCGGAGUCCGGCGAGCUGGACGAAGUGCGAGGGGCUGUUUUACCUCGCGCCGCGGAAGCGGUACUACUACUGGACUCCCAAGGCGCUGAAGAGGGGCAAGAGCACGCACGGGGGCAGCCUCGGGGAGCGCACGUCGCCCUUCAUCUCGUUCUGGUACAUCUGCAUGCAGGACCAUGCAAAGGACAUCACCAACUGGUUUCAGUCCAAACAAGGCAUCGAGAAGAAGCGACGCAUCGUGGCGGCGCGGAAGGCCGGUACGACGACGACCAGCGCUGACGCCGAUGCGGAUCCGGACUCCGGCGCGCCCGCAGAUAGGCCGAACAGCGGCGCGCAAGAUAGGGAAGCUGUGGUGGAGGACGACGCGAAGGUGCUGCAGAAUGGGCUCGGGCACAAGGAGCUCCAGAAGGCCCUCGAGGGCGCCACUGUUGAUGAGGCGCGGCGGAAGGGCAAGGUGGUGUGGGCGCGCCUGAAGAGCGGGCCGAGCGUGUUGUUCCACUUCGGCAUGACAGGCAGCUUCUCGAUCAAAGGGAAGGCCGCGAUGGAGUACAAGUCGUUCAGGGUGGACGAGGAGUCCUGGCCGCCGAAGUGGACCAAGGUCGAGCUCGUCAUGGACGACGGCACGGCCCUGGCGUAUUCCGACCCGCGGAGAUUCGGCAAAAUAUGGUUGCAAGACGACCCGUUCAACCAACCGCCCGUGUCCGCCCUCGGCUGGGACCCGGUCCUCUCCCCGAUCGACCUCGACGCCUUCCGCGCCGCGAUGCUCGCCUCGCGCAAGCCCGUCAAGGCCGUGCUGCUCGACCAGGCGUUCUCCGCCGGCGUCGGGAACUGGGUGGCUGACGAGGCGUUGUACCAGGCCCGCGUGCACCCGGAGCAGCCGUGCAACUCGCUCACACCCGACGCGGCCGAGGCGCUGCACCGCGCGGUCAUCGGGGUGUGCAAGGACGCGUGCGACGUCGGCGCGCGCUCGUCCAAGUUCCCGCCCGACUGGCUGUUCCACUUCCGGUGGACGGGGAAGAAGGCCUCGAACGACUACCACGGAAACAAGAUCGAGUUCAUCACGGUCGGCGGGCGCACGUCAGCGUACGUUCCAAAGCUGCAGAAGAAAACGUCGGUCAAGCCCGCGGGCGACGGCGGAGACGCCAAGCCCAAGGUCAGCAAGGCGAAGAAGCCCAAGGGCAAGAUCGCGAAGAAGCGGAAGCGCGCGUCGUCGUCGGAGGAGUCCUGCACGGACAUGUCGGACGACGACGUCAUCGUGGAGCCGCCCCCGAAGCCGAUCCCACGCGCGCGCGGUGGAGCGAAGAAGGACAGCGAGGAUGAGACGAAAGCGGUGGCGAAGAAGCCGGCGCCGAAGAAAGCGUCCACUGCCCCGAAGAGGGCCGCGGCCCCACGCGCGGCGGCGACCAAGGCGAGGAGCCGCAUCGCGUCCCCGCGACCACGGUAG